AUGGCCGCGCCGGGCCUGGACGAGGUCAUGGCCUUCCUCACCGACCACGGCUUCGCCAGCACCGCCUCCGCCCUCCUGGACGACGUGCUGGGCCGCGCCGCGGACGGGGAGCCCGGGCCCGCCGCCGCAUUAGAUCCCCAGCUCCCGCGCCUCCGUAUGUCGGUCUCCGCCUCCGGCGCCGGCGCCGGCCUGCCGCCGCCUGCGAGCCCCGGCUCCAGCUCCGGCUCGGCGUCCUCCUCCGCCUUCGUCAGCAUGCGCUCAUCGCCCUCAGAAUUCGAAGCCUCUGGCCUGCUGAAUCCAUAUGGUGUGUGGUCGUCGCAGCACUCGCUGUCGGACGCGUCGUCAUCUGAGAUGGAGUUCGGCACAGCACGCCAGUACGACACCACCGACCUCUUCUUCCAGGAAGGCUGGCUCUACGACGACCACAUCUUCCAUACAAAGCCGAAGUCUGACGAUGGUGGCAGAGACAAAGAAGAGGACAAGUUUGUUCUUGGCGCUCACGGCGGCUUAGGACCGGCAGAAACGUUCGUGCUUGGCCCUGGCGACUACUGCCGCCAUGAACACGCCGGGAAUGACGGCUGUGAGGGGUGCGCUGAGGUUUACACCUGCUCGUCACCGCUCUGCGGUUGCUGUGCCGGGGGACUCAAGAAUUUUGAGGAGCUCAAGCUGGUCCGAAAUUCUAGCUCUGCUGUGUAUGGGAGGUAUAAGAUCAUGGAUGACCAGACGGAGAUACUAGAUGAGUGUGGCCCGGAUGUGUUUCAGAUGAAGCAGAGUGGGGAUGCUGUGCUUGAGUGCGAUUUGCCAACAAAUUCUGGGCAAGUAGACGAACGUAUGGAGCUGAAUGUUGUGGAGAAGGAGCUUCAAAUGCUCAGUUCAUUUGAUACUUACGAUGAUGCUGAAAUUGCUGCAAGUCCAGUACGGGUACGCCAUGCCACCGACAAUGUAGAGUUGGAUGAUGAUGCUGAAAACAAUCUAAAAAGCAGCAGUGAAAAAGAAUAUUUGAAAGAGAGUUAUAGCUUGCAUCCUUUCCCUGAGACUGAUGAUUAUGAUGACACCUACGAGUUUGGAGAUGUUGGGCCAUUGAAUACAGAUGUUCAGAAAUCUGCUACACUUAUAGCUGAGAAAGAAGAUCCAGAGUUAAAUAUUGAUCAGGCCGUCUCUAAUUUCCAUCAAGAAUACGAGGUAUUUGAAUUGAGAAUUGUCCACCGCAAGAACAGAACUGGCUUUGAAGCAAACAAAGAUUUUCCCAUUGUCUUGAAUUCAGUCAUAGCAGGAAGAUAUUAUGUUACUGAAUAUCUUGGCUCGGCUGCAUUCAGCAAGGUUGUCCAAGCACAUGAUCUUCAGACAGGAAUAGAUAUUUGCCUAAAAAUAAUAAAAAAUGAUAAGGAUUUCUUCGAUCAGAGUUUGGAUGAGAUAAAACUGCUGAAGUUUGUGAAUAAAUAUGAUCCAUCAGAUGAGCAUCAUGUACUGCGGCUCUAUGACUACUUCUAUCAUCAGGAACAUCUUUUCAUUGUCACUGAAUUACUGCGAGCAAAUCUGUAUGAGUUUCAGAAAUAUAACCAGGAUUCUGGUGGUGACUUGUACUUUACAUUUCCUAGGAUACAGGCAAUUGCUCGCCAAUGCUUAGAAGCUUUGUUAUAUUUGCACCAUUUAAGGAUCAUUCAUUGUGACCUAAAGCCAGAGAAUAUCCUUAUCAAGAGCUACAGCAGGUGUGAAAUUAAGGUCAUCGAUCUUGGAAGUAGUUGCUUCUUGACAGACAGCUUAUGCCUGUAUGUCCAGUCACGUUCUUAUCGAGCUCCCGAGGUCAUUCUGGGACUGCCAUAUGAUCAGAGGAUUGACAUUUGGUCUCUUGGUUGCAUCCUUGCUGAACUGUACACUGGUGAAGUACUAUUUCCUAAUGAACCAGUGUCCAUGAUGCUUGCCCGAAUGAUCGGGAUGAUUGGUCCAAUAGACAUGGAAAUGUUAGAGUUGGGACAGGAGACACAUAAAUAUUUCACCGAUGAUUAUGGCCUUUUCACCAAGAAUGAGGAGACGGGUCAAUUAGAGCAUUUGCUCCCAGAGAAGUCCUCUUUGCGACAUCACUUGCGAUGCCCUGAUCCGCAGUUUGUGGAUUUUCUAUCUUAUCUGCUGCAAAUAAACCCCAGGAAGAGACCAACAGCCAGCGAAGCGUUAGAGCAUCCGUGGCUUUCAUCCGAGUACUAA